AAUCAGAAUGCCUCACUUUCAAGCACAGAAUCAGCACUUUCACAAGCUCCUGAAUGAGUUCCCUGGUCACCAGGUUUGGGAGUAGCUGUGCCCCAGGAUAAAGCCAACACUCUAGCUCGGGGUGCAAGGCCUCCAUGAGAGGACCCCUGCAAACUGCUCCGGCUUCUCUGUCAUGUCUCUCUCUGCCCUCCAGCCAUGCUGAGUUGCCUACUCGUGCCUCCCCACACCCCUUUGCUCCCCCCUUCGCUACCUCUGCAUUUGCUGUGCCCUCUGCCCAGCGUGGCCUCGUUUUUCCCUUUGCUUCUUGGUGAAAAUUCCUAUCCCUCCUUUCAAAGACCAGCUGAUUUGUCACCUCCUCCUAGAAGACUUCCCCUUCUCUUCCCUUCCUGGCCCAAACCUCACCUGUGGUUCCUCCAGCUGUUUGCACUUAUUAUGGCUCUUGUCACUCAUUUCUGUCAUUGUUGGUGGCCCUGUCUCCCCCCUGAGGCUAGAGGAGGGCAGGGGCUGGGCGUGACUCACCUCUGGGUCUCAGGGUCGCCCAGCCCAUGGCAGGACACAGUGAAUGUGGGGCACCUGGUGGAGCCACCUGCAAAUGGCCUGGGCCUGGGAUGCCUGAGAGCUUGGCCAGGGGCGGGGAAGCAGUGGGGACCCCUGGUGAGUGUCUCUGGACCCUCCCCCUUUCCAGAGGUGCAGAGUGCCAUGGAUGAGAGUCAUAUCCUGGAGAAGAUGGCAGCUGAGGCGGGCAAGAAACGGCCAGGGAUGAAACCCAUCAAGGGCAUCACCAAUCUGAAGGUGAAGGACGUGCAGCUACCUGUUAUCACAUUGAACUUCAUACCUGGGGUGGGCAUUUUCCAGUGUGUGUCCACAGGUAUGACCAUCACUGGCAAGAGCUUCAUGGGUGGGAACAUGGAAAUCAUCUUGGUCCUGAACAUCACAGCCACCAACCGGCUUCUGCAGGAUGAGGCCUCAGGCCUCCCCGUGUUCAAGAGCGAGGGCUGUGAGGUCAUCCUAGUCAGCAUGAAGACCAAACUGCCGAGCAGCAUGCCACCUAAGGUUGUCAACAAGCUCCUGGACAGCACCCUACGCAAAGUUCUCCCUACCCUGUUGUGUCCAGCCAUCAAUGCAGUCCUAGUGUAUGUGAACAGGAAGUGGGCCAACCUGAAUGUCGCUAUGCCCGUGGGCCAGAUGGGCACGGUCAAAUAUGCCCUGGCGUCCACUCCGACCACCACAGCCAGCUACUUCCAAGUGGACUUCAGUCCUGUGGUGCAGCUGCAGGAGGGCACUGCCAUCCAGCUCGCUGAGGCUGGGGAGGCCCUCGAGCUCCCGGAAGGCUAUGCUGAAGGCUCCUCCCAGCUGCUGCUCUCAGCCACCCUCCUCACAGCAGAGCUUGCCCUUCUGCAGAAGUCCUUCGAUGUGAACAUCCAGGAUAAGACGACUGGAGAGCUGCCCUCACAAACCACAGAGACGCUGGCUGGCUUCAUCCCUGAAGUGGCUGAGGCAUAUCCCAAGCCAAAGCCCUUGGUGACACAGAUCAGGAUAAACAAGCCCCCCCGGGUUACCAUGAAGACAGGCAAAAGCCUGCUGCACCUCCAUGGCACCCUGGAGAUGUUUGCUGCGCGGCGGCGGCACAAAGCUCCUGUAUCCCUCUUCCGCCUAGAAACUCACUUCAACCUGAAAAUCCAAUACUCAGUUCACGAGAACCGGCUGCAGCUGGCCACCUCUUUGGACAGAUUGCUGAGCCUGUCCCGGGUGUCCUCGUCUAUUGGUGCCUUCCGUGAGAAGGGAUUGACUGGCUUCAUCACCGAUUAUCUCCAAGAAGCCUACGUUCCAGUUGUCAAUGAUUUGCUCCAAGUCGGGCUCCCACUUCCCGACCUUCUGGACAUGAAUUACAACCUGGCAGAGCUGGACAUAGUAGAGAACGCCCUGGUGCUGGACUUGAAGCUGGACUGACCAGGGCAGGACUCGCGUGCCAGCCGCCUGCACGUCACCAACCAGCUGCACUGCAUAGGGGCCCCCAACUGGAUCUGGGAGGCCUUGCUCCCUGCCACUGGUGGCCACUUCCUUUGAUGAGGCAUGAGGGGGACAGGCCCUGUCUGGGGCCUUGGGAAUAAACAGGAGAAA